UACGCCCUCCUCCACAAGUCCGAUCUGACGUUUGACCAAAAAUAUACCAGAUCUUAAAUUAAAAUAAAUUUUCUGUCUAAUGGAGGUUGACGAUACGGAAACUUUGAUGCUUGAGGCUGUUCGAGAGUUGAACGAAGAACUCGGUUCGGACGUGGACAAGGCCCGAGAGGCGUAUGAUCGAUAUGUGGCAGAAAAACAUGAAAUUGAGCAAAUGCUGGAUGUUGCUAGCAGUGCCGCUCGGGUGUCGGCCGCCGUGCAGGAGGUCGAGGCUGUUGCCUCGCAAGUGGCGAUGGUUGUUGGACAGUACGACACCCUCAGUGUGCACAGCAAAGGCCAACUUGAAGAGCAGCUACAAGCUCAGGUUGAAAGGGUCAGUCAGUUGGAAGCAGCAGUUGCUUACCUGAAGAGGAUCCAAGAGCUGGAGGCCGUGAGCAACCAACUGGAGGCGGCUUUCCAUAACGAGAGGCAUGUGAUGGAACUGCUGGGACAGCUUGCAAAAAUGGGAGCUGCUCUUGCUGGCAGCAACUGUCAUCAUCUAACCAGUUUCUAUGCAGAAACCCAGGGCUACUGGCACACGCUGAUCAAAGAAAAGCUUUCUAGUGAAUUUGAUGAGGUGCUGAAGGAAAUCAAGUGGCCCAUUGUAGCUGAUGUGACCUUUACGCCCUCAGCAGAGGUGGAAACUCGUUUUGAGACUCUUGUCGAAUUACUUCUUCUAUUAGAAAUCACCGAAGGACAGCAAGAAGUCGCGCGAAAUCAGUCAGCGCUACUUUCGGACUUCCUGCCCCCACCUUUGCCUUUGCAGCUGAUGGUCAGACCGCUUCGGAGACGGUUUCUGUACCACUUUUCAGGACCAAGACAGACCAACAGACUUGACAAACCGGAAUGGUUCAUGGCUCAGGUGCUUGCAUGGAUUAAAGAACAUGUAGCCUUUUUGUCUCAGCGAGUGCAGCCUGUUUUGGAUAGAGUGAAAGGAGAGGAUGCCCCUUCAGCUCAGAUUGAGUUUGCUAGAGCCCUUGUUCAAUUUGUAUUAGAAAAGUUGCACUCAGAGUUGCCUUUGCUGGAGCAGGACGAUGCCCUAUUUGCUCACGCUGUUGAUGAAACUCUCGCUUUUGACAAGGAACUGCGUGUGGGGCUUGGAUAUCCGCCUGGUCAGCCAGGCGUUGUUGGUGUUCUCACGCAGGCGCCUGUUUUCGUAAAGUGGAUCGCCAUGGAAAAGAAGUAUGCUGGCGAGCGAAUGGACCGAAUGUUGAGCUCUGAGACCGCUUGGCAAGCUCUUGCUUCUCAGGAAGAGCAGCUCAAGGUAACUGAAUGCGCCGAUGCAUUUAUUGCACUCCUAGCGACUAUGACUGAUCGAUUUAGAAACUUGCCUCAGCCUGGACAUAGAUUGCAGUAUGUGGAACUUCAACUGGAGCUGAUCGAAGAAUGGCGCUUGCGUUUGGUGCAAAUUCUGCGUGAAGAGCGGCUAAUGCCUCUGGCAUCUCGCUUGCCUGCCAUCCUCAACUCUGUGAGCUAUGUAUCUGCCGUUUUGCGAGAGUGGGCUGAAAAACCUUUGCUGCUGCAGCUGCAACUGUACAGACAGGGUCACGUGCAAGGCUGCGUGUUUGACGACGCCCUGCAGCUGCUUGAUAGCCUUUCCACCGAGUUGCUAGACACUCUGACAGAAGCUGUGCUGCUUGACGUCAAGGCCAAAAGCAGGGAAUAUCGAAAGGACAGGUGGUUCUGCAUGACUAGUGAUGAAAAUAGCUUGACGCCCUCGGCGUGUGGUAUGAUGCAGAUACUCUCAGCCAGACUGCUGCAACUGAAAGAAUUGUUAGCCGAGACGCUUUUUGCCAAAGCCUGGCAUUCGCUUGCGUUGUAUUUGUCUCAAUUUCUUAUGGAGGAGCUGGUGUUUGAAAACUGGUUCAGUUUAGGUGGUGGCUCUCAAUUUCAAUAUGAUCUUAUUCACGGUCUGUUUCCAUUGUUCGGACAGUUCACUACCAGGCCUGACAAUCUCUUCAAGCCUCUGAAAGAAGCGUGCAUCCUUUUGACUCUGGCGUCAGGCUCGGCUAAACUGCUUGCCGAGGUGCUAAGGGACGACCAAGACUCAACAGACGCUCUGGCGGAGAUCGGUGUGCACAGACUGAAUCCUCAAGAGGCGCGCGAGAUUCUCUCUAGGAGAAACGAUAUCAGUGCUUCUGAUCUGUGAUAUAAUUACGUAAAGACACUUGUUGUUUGUUUUGUUUCAAUAUAAUUCAAUAAAUGCGGCACUGUAUAAGUUUCGUACUACAUC